GUCUGGAGGGAUGGCUCUGUUUGUGGAUCCGGGCUUUGAUUUCGGACAGAGGAGCAGCGAGGAUGGAGAAACGGAGCUGCUCCUCAACAUGAGGGACUUCACAGACCCCGUGGCAGAGCGCGCUCUCUCCUCUCCUGAGACGGACAGGACUGCCCACCCGGAGGGUCAGCGCAAGAGGAAGAGGACCAUCUUCAGCCGCGCGCAACUGUCCGAGCUGGAGCGCGCCUUCGUUCUGACCCCGUACCCGGACAUCACGCUGCGCGAGCGUUUGGCUGCCGUCACCCUGCUGCCCGAGAGCAAGAUCCAGGUGUGGUUUCAGAACAGACGUGCUCGCAGCAUCAAAAGUGGCAGACUGACCAGACCUGUGAAGAGAAGCCCAGGUCCAGCGGUCAGCUCUAGCUCUAACCCGGUGGUCAGUUUCCCUCAGCCUGGACCUGCUGUUCCACCCUCGAGCAGGCCCGAAAGGUACCAGGCAUCUAACAGGAGCAGCCAGCAGCCACAGCAGCAGAGGUCAAGCCUGGACUGGGUCAAACAAGCCUUGGGCCCCUGGCCUCAGAAUCUGCCUCAUCCUACACCUCCUGCGCCACCCAUCUCUCCUGACCUCCCGGGGGCUCUGCCUUGGGGGGCGGGGCCUGCGAAUCAGCCAGGAACCCACUCUUUUUCCAUCGGUCAGACCACAAGGCCCGUCCUGUCUGCAUGCCAGCAGCAGUGGAGUGAGUUUGGGCAGGUCAGCACUGGUACAGCCCUGUCCGGAGGGCUUUCAGGGCAUCUUGGAAAACCUCCGUGCAGCCUCAACCCCAGACAUCAGUGUGUGUCAGUUGAGCAGGCGGUCACUUCUGGUCAAGGUUACUGGGAAGGAGCCAUGCACAGACAGGGGCAGUGCACUCCUCUCAUGCAUUACCCCCAGACUUCCCUAGGAGACAUCUCUGACCUCAUAUACAGCGCCGCUGUCGUCACCAACCUGGCCGAUUUCUGA